AUGAUGCACCGCAGCCUAUUGCGAUCUGGAAGCGUCUUGACUACGCGCGUGGCCCCACGCCCCUCAUCGGGUGUGCGCCACUUCCGUAAAAACGCUCCCAUCAAGUACACGGAAAACAAGGAGGUCACGGGUCUCGCAGGAAUUGUGGAAGCGCACCUCCCAGCCGACAACCACGUACUCUCGACCAAGUUGAUGCACCUGACAAAUGUAAGCCUCAUAUUCGCCGUGCCACUCGCUUUCGUGCUAAGCCCGUCGCCGCUGGUGCUGCCUGUGGAUCUCGCUGUCGGUGUGAUCCUGCCUGUGCACGCCCACAUUGGCAUAAACAAUGUCAUCUCGGACUAUGUGCCCAAAAACGUGCGCACGCUAGCACGUCUUGGCUGGCUAGGCGCCACGUCGCUCAUGUUUUUGGGCUUACUGCGCGUCAACCUGGAAGGUCCGGGCAUUACGGAGGUGGUCAAGACGAUCUGGCGAGAGUCGCCCAAUAAGGAAAAGAGCGAGGCGUAG